UCGCUGUCUUUGCACUAUUGAGUCAACGUGUUGGCAACGUCGCGUUGUACUGAUGCUGUGCUCGCUGUGUGAGGACUCGAGCAUCUCCAGCAGCAGCAGCAGCAGCAGCAGCAGCAGCGUUCAGCAUCCCAGAACCUGGACCCUCCGGAAGGAACCCGCUAACAAAGCUCGGCCCGGUGCGGUGCACGGUGCAGCGCUAUGGGGGUGUCGCUGCCUCGCGCCAACAGGUCGCAGGAUAAUCGCCCCACUGCGCCCGUGUCACGCCGCUUAGCGUCGCCGUGGGACUGAUGCGCUGAGGGGCUUCCUGUCCAGACAGUCACCUGAGACGUGGAGCAGGUGCAGCAUGGCCGGGCGGGGGCUCUGCAGGAUGGAAAUAGAUGCCUGUUUUCGCUACUACUUCCAGCACCCGUGGUCCCGGCUCAUCGUGGCGUACCUGGUCACCUUCUUCAACUUCCUGAUCUUCGCCGAGGACCCCAUUUCCCACAGUCAGACCGAGGCCCAUGUGAUCGUGGUGGGCAACUGCUUCUCCUUCCUCUUCAACAAGUACCCGGGCCGCGGGUGGAACGUCCUGAAAGUGCUGUGCUGGACGGCGGCCAUCAUCACCGGCCUGUUUGCUGGGAAGUUCCUCUUCCACCGCCGGCUCUUUGGUCGACACCUGCGCCUGAAAAUGUUCCGCGAGGAUCAUGGCUCCUGGAUGACCAUGUUCUUCAGCACCAUCCUCUUCCUCUUCAUCUUCUCACACAUCUACAACCUCUUUCUGCUGAUGGCUGGGAGCAUGCAGCCUCACAUGGUGACGGAGUACAUGGGCAUCAGGAAUGAGAGUUUUAUGAAGAUCGCCGCAGUGGGGACGUGGAUGGGCGACUUCGUCACCGCUUGGAUGGUGACAGACAUGAUGCUCCAGGACCAGCACUACCCAGACUGGGGCAAAGCUGCCAGAAGGUUCUGGAAACGAGGCAACAACAGGAUUGUUCUCUUCUGUCACCUCCCCCCCACCCCCCCACCCCCUCCCCUCCCCCGCAGGACGGUGCUCAUCUCUCUGACGUCGGUGGUGGUUCUGGUCAUCAGCACCGACUGGAUCAGCUGGGACAACCUGAACCGGGGCUUCCUGCCCAGCGAUGAGGUCUCCAGGGCCUUUCUGGCCUCCUUCAUCUUGGUCUUCGACCUUCUCAUUGUCAUGCAGGACUGGGAGUUCCCUCACUUCAUGGGCGACCUGGACAUGAAUCUGCCGGGGAUGUCGACGACGCACGUGAAGGUCAAGCUUCCUGUGUGCAAGCACAUCUUUAAGGAGGAGUAUCACAUUCACAUCACAGGAAAGUGGUUCAACUACGGCAUCAUCUUCCUCGUGCUGAUUUUGGACCUCAACAUGUGGAAGAACCAGAUAUUCUACAAGCCCUACGAGUACGGUCAGUACGUCGGCCCCGGCGAGAAGAUCUACACGGUGGAGGAGCCGGAGACGCUCAAGGACUUCAACCACAGCACGCUGACGUUCGAGUGGCGCCGGGCCAACGUCGACCCGGGCACCAACCGCAGCUACGUGGAGCGCGACAUGUUCCUGCACAGCCGCUACACCGGCGCCAGCCUGGACGUCAAGUGCCUGGCCUUCGUGCCCAGCCUGGCCGCCUUCGUCCUCUUCGGCUUCUUCGUCUGGCUCUUCGGCCGCUUCCAGGACAGCGAGGCCUUCACGGAGAGCCAGGACAAGGCGUACGAGCGGAUCAAGAGGAAGUCGCCGUCCGAGCACAGCAAGGAGAUGGGGGCGACGCCGGAGGAGGCGCACGUGAGCAUGAGCGACAGCCUGAGGCGCUCGGCCACGCCCAUGCUCCUGUCGGUGGACGGGCCGCACUGUGGGGCCACGCCCUCCUCCAACUCCACCGUUUCCAUGGAAACGCAGGAGUCUCAUCCGAGCAUAGUGAUUGACAGCGCGGAGGAGGAACCGGCCGUCUCCUUUGACGUCCACAAACUCUCCCCCUGACCCGAUGGACGGCGAGUGACGAUAUAUAUUUUUGUAAAUGCAGUGAUUCUACUAACACAAUGUUUGAAAUACAACACACUCUUAAUCUCUUAACCGACAUGGUGCUGACUUGCAGUUUUCCUCCUCGUAGACUCUGUUCUGGUUCAGAGGAGUAGUUCUACAGCUGCGAUGCUGCAGUCGGGUGGAUGUUCCACCGGCGUCACAGCGACAGUGCCUUGAAAUCUCAGUCUAUAGUACAAUAGGCAACCAAAUAGAAGAUGUCCUGUUAUGGUUUAAUAUAAUAAUAAGCUUAUAUGCUUUUAUAUGGUGGUGUAGCCUCACUCUUUUCAUUUCUUCUGGUGUGAUGUCUCUCUGGCUAGAUUUCUAAACGUAUCGUUCUUGUUGAAGUGACAUGAUUAUGAACAUCAAUGUACUCUGAUGACCUAUUCAUAUCUCCUCACUUGAUAUUAGUUGCAGAGAUAAUAAAUGCAAUCAGCAGAGAUCAAAUAGCGAAGCAAUAAGCCACCUAAUGAUUGCCGUUGUGGCUGCUGCACCUGGGCUGAAUACCAACCGAGUCAGAAAGGUGGUUUUGCCCUUGGCAUAAACAUGCCAUUGAAGUGCAGGGGAGGCUCCUGCUCCAAAGCUCAGGGCUUCUUUAUGUGCAGAUAAACCUUAAAGGUGUUUGAAAGCAGCUCUGCAGACAUGGUACACGCAUAAAAAUAUGCCUUUGAAACAUUCUGAUCUGAAAAAAAAAUCCCUAAUUUUAAAGGCAACUGAAACCUGCAGCAUUUACCUUCACAUGCACUUUGAAGGAUCAAUGUAUGUCAUUUUUAUUGCUUUGCGGAUUUUUGGUUAUAUUGUUGUUAUUGUUCCAAAAAGGUGUAAGAAAAUGUUAUUACUAACUGUUUUAUUCAAUUCAAUGAAACUGCAGAUGCUCGCGACCAAAGACGUCAGAAUAUAUAAUAUUUUAAACACACACUCCCUAAUAUACAGAACUAACUUGUAUUUAAAUUUGAAUGCUACUUAACGUGUAAAUAUAUCGUCUUUAUGUCUAACAUCCAGCUUUUAAAUACACUUUGAUUUGCUUUGAAACCUGCUUUGUUUCGUACUAUCAGGAGAGACAGACUGUAUGGAGGCUGGCGGCUGACACAAGUUAGUCAUUCAUAAAGAUGUAAUUAUGUCUCGCUGCGUUCACAUUUAGUUUUCAUUUCUUGACUUCAAAGACAAGUGUUUACAUUUUAGAUGGACCUAAACCUGAUCCGCAGCAGAUUCAGUAGUCUGACUGGCCUGCUGACAUAACGCAGUGUCUUUACAUUCAUAAUGAAGAUUGUUAAAGGAGGAAACACUCUGCGUUAAUGUGCCUUUCAGUGUGUAUUAGCCUUUUUACAGUGUGUAGAUGAGUUCAUUAUUCAUGGGUUUCAUAUUUUUAUCAAUAUUUUUUUCUGUGGCAUUCUCCAGACUCCAUGCAGGAGUUCCCUGUAGUGUGUGCGUGUGUGUGUGUAUUUUCUAUGUGACGGUGCCUGUUCUGUCAUUUUAUUUAUCCUUGUUCCUCUAAUCAUCCUUUCAUAUGUUACAGCUCCAUGAAGCCAGUAGAACUUAGCAUUUGACCAAAGGACAGAACCUCAGAACCAGCAUGGUGCGCUGUGUUGUGUUUCAUUUAAAAGUGAGGCUUCUGCUCUGUGUUGUUGUCACUGUGUCCUUCUGAAAAUGCCACAUUUCGCUUCCUUUCAGCGUUUGCUCAGUGUCCACUUCUUCUGUUACCAAUAAACUACUGCUUUUGUUAUA